AUGUUCCUUGACAAAAUAAAACCAACUACAGAAAUAAACGACGCAAGACUGAAAGAUUGGGUAAAAGCUUUCCCAUUCACAAAAGAUAUAGUUGGUAACAUGGAAAGAAAACCAGAAUGGCUACAAAAACAUAUAUUUGGAAACGAGCAUAUUCCAUAUGGACAGGCACUGUUUGAAGAGCUUGAACCGGAAACUCAGGAAAGAGUCAUGCAAACAAUACGCGAAGACUCAAAUACAGACUAUGACAAACUCUUUCUAGGAUAUAGGUUACCUGAGAUGGGCGACCAGAGCCAAAAGCAAAAAGGACAUGGGAAAUUUGCAACAUACUAG